UAAACUCACUUUCACAGCGGACGCUCUUUACUGACGCUCAUCUGUUGUUUACUGAUUCGUUCCUUUAGCUAAACCUUCAGUCAGAUUUUUUCACCAACGCUCGAAACCUUUACAUAUUAUUUCAACAUGGGAUGUGACGGAGGAACCAUUCCUAAACGACACGAACUGGUUAAAGGACCGAAAAAGGUGGAAAAGGUUGAUAAAAAUGCAGAACUUGCUGCCAAAUGGAAAUAUUGUGCUUUGAGUCAGGAGAGGUUAAAACGACCCAUUGUUGCCUGUGAGCUGGGCAGACUGUAUAAUAAAGACGCGAUCAUCGAGUAUCUGCUGGACAAAUCUGCAGAGAGACCAAACACUGAGGUUGUGACUCACAUCCGUGGCGUCAAGGAUGUGAAGGAGCUGAAUCUCACUGAUAAUCCAGCGUGGGAGGGAGAGAGACGGAACAUUAAGGGGGAUUGUUAUGAAGACAUGCACUGCACCAUGUUCAUCUGUCCUGUCGUGGGUCUGGAGAUGAACGGAAAGCACAGGUUUUAUUACUUGCGGACGUGUGGAUGUGUUUUCUCAGACCGAGCCCUCAAAGAGGUUAAGACUGAAAUCUGUCACAAGUGUGGGGAUCCUUUCAAAGAAGAUGACCUUGUGGUGCUGAACGGAUCUAAAGAGGAUGUGGAGAAGCUGCAGAAAGAUCUGGAGGAGCGCAGGUCAAAGGCCAAAUCUGCCAAGAAAUCAAAGAAAAGCAAAGGCGCAAAGGCCCUGAAGCCGGAUGAUGCGAAAGGAACCUCCGAUCUCCAGAAAAGCUCUUUUGAGUCUAAACCUGCACUGAAUGUAGAGAGCACCAAUGAAAAACCCACUGAUGCAGCCUUGUCAGGCCCCUCGGGUGAGAGCUCGAAGGCGAUAAAGACCCCGGCGGAGCCCGCCACGGGCAGCAAGAGGUCCAUUCAGGACAUGACGGAUAAAUCUGAGAUUUACAAAUCACUCUUCACCUCCCACAGCACUGCCAAACGCACCAAAGAUCAGCUGUCUAACUGGGUCACACACACGCCAUAUCACUUCUGAGCACAUCAUUUACAGAACACCUCACUGUGUGGAGCAGUGAGAGCGCUCUCUAGUGGUCAGCUUGUGGAUGAGCAACAAAUGACAUCAUAUUAUAUGAUACAUCAAUGCAUUGUUUCUUUUUAUUUUGUAGUUUCAUUCUUUCAAUUUAUUUUUAAUCUAAUAUCACCAUAAACGUUUUGUUGCCCGCUUAUAUUCCUGUUAGUGACAUCUGGCUAAAAAAUCAAUGAGUAUUUUCUCGCGUACUGAACGUUUCUUGCAGUUGUUGGUGUCCACCUUUUCCACCUUUGGUUUAUAUUUGUUGUUUUUGGUUAAAAAAAAAGUGUGUGUAUCAUUUUAAAACUAUAUUAGAUUCUCAUUUUAAAGUGUUUGGGCAACAAUAUCUAAGUAUUUGAAAUUCAUAGUUAAAAUCAGGAUUCGAAAUGGUGUUUUAUGCCUGCACAAAUUAUCAGUGACUUUUCUGUAUAAAUUUGUUGUAAGAAAAGGUUGAAACUGACCCGCGUACAUUUGACCACAAGGUGGCAGUAGAGGUCUACAGUUAAAACAUUGAGACGGUUCAAUCUUUUGUGGAUAUUUACUUCUUUACUUUUGCCUUUUUUCUAAUGUUAUGAUUGAUGUACCUCUGACUGGUUGAGAAAUAAUAAAAUCCCAUUC